UUGUAGCUAUCCAUUAAGCAUGGUACGAACUUUUGAAGAUGAGAAAAAGUUUAUGGAAAAAAUAAAUGCUAAUACCUGGAAAAUUAAGCAAGGAUUUGUGCCUAAUAUGAAGGUAGAAGGCAUUUUCUAUAUAAAUGAUUAUUUAGAAAGGUUAAUGUUUGAUGAAUUACUUCAACAUUGUAAAUAUGGUGGUACUGGAGGAUUUUUACCUGCAGUUAAACAAAUAGCGAAUGUCGCUGCUCUUCCUGGAAUUGUUGGACAUUCCAUAGGAUUACCAGAUAUUCAUUCUGGAUAUGGCUUUGCUAUAGGUAAUAUGGCUGCAUUUGACAUUAAUGAUCCACAAUCAAUUGUCUCACCUGGUGGAGUUGGCUUUGAUAUUGCUUGCGGUGUUAGAUUAUUAAGAACAAAUUUAACCUUAAAAGAUGUCCUACCUGUCAAAGAAAAACUAGCUCAAAGUUUAUUUGAUCAUAUUCCAGUUGGUGUGGGAUCAAAAGGUAUCAUUCCAAUGAAUGCAAGGGAUUUAGAAGAAGCUCUAGAAAUGGGAAUGGAUUGGUCAUUGAGAGAAGGUUAUGCCUGGGCAGAAGACAAAGAGCACUGUGAAGAAUAUGGGCGAAUGCUACAAGCUGAUCCUUCUUGUGUUAGUAAUAGAGCCAAAAAAAGAGGAUUGCCUCAACUUGGAACAUUAGGAGCUGGUAAUCAUUACGCCGAAAUUCAAGUUGUGGAAGAAAUAUUUGACAAGCAUUCUGCGGCAAAAAUGGGUAUAGAACAUGUCGAUCAAGUAUGCGUUAUGAUUCAUAGUGGAAGUCGUGGUUUUGGUCAUCAGGUGGCCACAGAUGCUCUGGUCGAAAUGGAAAAGGCCAUGAAGCGUGACAAGAUUGAAGUUAAUGAUAGACAAUUGGCUUGUGCUCGCAUCAACUCCACUGAAGGGAAAAAUUAUCUUAAAUCUAUGGCCGCUGCCUCUAAUUUUGCCUGGGUUAAUCGGGCUUCCAUGACUUUUUUGUCUAGACAAGCUUUCGCUAAAGUAUUUACCUGCACCCCCGAUGAUCUGGAUAUGCAAGUAAUAUACGAUGUAAGCCACAAUAUCGCCAAAAUAGAGGAACACUAUGUCGACGGAGCUAUCAAAACUCUAUUAGUGCAUAGGAAAGGAUCCACAAGAGCGUUUCCACCCCAUCAUCCACUUAUACCAAUUGAUUACCAAUUAACAGGGCAACCAGUUUUGAUUGGCGGUACAAUGGGAACAUGUAGCUAUGUUUUGACCGGAACAGAAAAGGGUAUGCAGGAAACUUUUGGGACUACUUGCCAUGGCGCGGGUAGGGCUAUAUCUCGUGCUAAAUCGAGAAGAAAUUUGGAUUACCAAUCAGUGCUGGACAAAUUGGAAAAGAUGGGAAUAUCAAUCAGAGUUGCGUCUCCUAAAUUAGUCAUGGAAGAAGCUCCGGAAUCCUACAAAAACGUAACCGAUGUUGUGAACACGUGCCAUGCUGUGGGUAUUAGUAAAAAAUGCAUCAAAUUGAGACCAGUUGCUGUUAUAAAAGGAUGAAUUAUUCGGAGUGUAUUAACGACCUUUUAUUUCUUGUUUUAUUAUAUAUUAAAUUAUAUGUACGCAUAUAAAUUUAAUUUAUUUAGUUUACACAAAUUAGACAAAAUGCAAUAUGAGACUAAAACAUU